GUGUUUUUUUUUUUUAUCCCCGGGAAAAAAAAAAAAAAAGCAGAAAAUGGCGCAAAGUUGGUUCGGUGGUGGUGGGAGCAGCAGUGAAGAUCAGCUACAGAACACUUCGACACCGUCUUUACUAGCAGAUUGGAACUCGUAUGCGGCCUCAAGAGACUCUGAUGAGAGCUCCGGGUCAGCUUUCGGGUUUGAUCUCGAAGCCGCUGUUAGGUCCGCCAAUGAAUCCGUCUCUGGCACCUUCAAUGUGGUCUCAAAAGGAGUGAGAGAUCUACCUGGGAACCUCCAGUCCGCCACUAGUAAUGUCCCUUCUGGAAAAGCACUUAUGUAUUUUGGCUUACUACUGGGAACGGGGGUGUUCUUUGUUUUCAUUGCAUUUAUCAUGUUCCUUCCUGUCAUGGUUCUGAUGCCCCAGAAAUUCGCUAUCUGCUUUACUCUUGGAUGUGGCUUUAUCAUUGGUUCAUUCUUUGCUCUUCGAGGUCCAAAGAAUCAGCUGGCUCACAUGUCAUCUAAAGAGAGACUUCCAUUCACAUUGGGAUUCAUAGGCAGUAUGGUUGGCACCAUAUAUGUUGCUAUGGUGCUUCACAGUUAUGUUCUCUCUGUGCUCUUCUCUGUGAUUCAGGUUCUUGCACUUGGAUACUACACCAUUUCCUACUUUCCGGGAGGAUCUGCUGGGAUGAAAUUCCUCUCCUCGGCACUUACUAAUUCAGUAAUGAGAUGUUUUGGGAGGUGACCUUGGUCUCUCUGUUAUGAAUGUUUAACUCAGUGUCCCAGUUGAUAAUAAUGUCUCCCCUUACAUACCAAAAGAUUGUUAGACCGGAUGAAAUUGCCCUAGAUUUUCCCCAAAAAUGGGUCUGAAAUACACAUUAUAACCAUUUUUCCCUCUUUAAGAUGUGGGGUUUAAAUUGUUUUUUUAGAAGGUACGAAUGGUUACAACCUUUCUCCCAUCCCACAGAUGUGGGAUUCUGGGAUUUUCUUUCACAAGGAUUUAAAGAUGGGCAUUGUGCUGUGGCAGUUUGGUUUCUGACAUGAAGUUAAACCCUGCAAAAAGCUUUAUGAAUGAGCUUCUUAUAUUUUGAUGAGCAUUUUGUAGUGAGACCUUGGCAGGAUUUUGCUGCAGCUGCCUCUCUGUCGUACCGUGUAGAAGUGCAUCACUGCUGAUAUAGUAGCUUAAUCUUUCUGAUAUAACAGUUGACUUGCUUAGAAUUAUACCUUGCAUUUUGUUAUUGGUUCAGUGACAUAUGUGACAUCAAAAUAAGAUCUUCAUAUACUGGCUUAGAAAGUCCAA